CAUUCCUUCAUGUCGCAGCUCUGCACCGAGCAGUGUGCGGCGCUUGGCCAUAGUCUCGCCGUUUUUCGCUGCGUACGUGCUCGUAUGUCGAGGACAGAGAUCGCGCGCGCGCCGCCUUAUCGACCGGGACGCCACUUUUAUCGACGCUAUAGCUGUCGAUAAAGCGACCGGUCGAAUCCAACGGCCUCGCGCUCCUUGUUGGAGGGUGUAGUGAGACGGCCGGUAGCCGACGCGCGCGAUCGAGCCGCGUCUGCAGCUCGAGAAGCCGCGCCGAUCAAAGUUCCGCGAAAGACGCCGUCAGCCCGCCUGCGACGUCGUCGUUCGGCCCCCACCGCCAUGGACGAGCCGCCGACGGGCUGGCCGUCCUACUCCGAGACGAGCAAAGGCAUGAUCGUGAUGCUGCUCGACGGCUACCGAUACCUGCAGAACAAGCGCCGGGGCGAACGAGUCUACUGGGUCUGCGACAGGUAUAAGUCGGCGUCAUUCGAGCGCUGCCCGGGCCGCGUGGUGACGUUGGGCGGUGCGCUGGUGCCGGGCGGCCGGCCGGCCGUGCACAACCACGCGGCGGACGCACAGCGCAACGCGCUCGAGCUGGUCAAAUCCAAGCUGCGCCGCAAGGCGCGACUCGACGUCUCCAAGAGCCUGGCGCAGAUCUACCGCGAGGAAGUGGCCGCCGCCGCGCCUCACCACCAGCAGCGGGUGCCCAGCUACGACAGGCUGCGGAGCACGCUCUACAGGGCGCGCCGCAGGGCCUGCAGCGCCGGCGUGCGUGCCACCGCAUCGGAGUACGUUUACAGAUACGACGACGACUGCUGCAUGGAAAUAGUGCCAGUGGAGGUCGUUGUCAAACAGGAGCCCUGCGAAUACAUUCUGCCUGAAGCUACCGAAGAACACAAUUUUAACUGCAACGAGUUCGCGCCAUAUCCAGGUGACUAUCGUUCACGUUCUGCUGCUGGCCUGGGGAAGUAUCACGUAUGGUGCUUCACAAGGCGACUUCAUCUUCCCUAGCAAGCUUUAAAGGUCGAC